UUCGCACGCGGAACAUCUAUUGGACGGCCAAGAUUAACCUCCUCCGACCGGCCGCGACUCUCGGCCGGAGAGCUGGUGAUCGAAAAUCCCCAAGAAUUCGGCCCCUCCGCCGCUCCGCUCUUCCCCGUUUUCUUCCCUUCGUCUUCCAUGGACGCCGCCCCGGCCACCAAAAGACCAAAUCCCAACACUGUCGGCGACUGGACCGUCGUCUCCCGUCGCCGCGGCGGCAAACAGCGGCGGAAGGGCCCCAUCCCCGACAACGCUCGCCCCCAAAUUAAAACCCCAUCCCUAACUCCAACGGCUCCAUUGCUAUGGACUCCGAUCGAUUCCAUCAUCGAACCCGCGAGGGAAUCCAAACUCCUCCAAAGGAUGCAAUCCGCCGUCCGCCGACUUGAGGGCUCCCAAUUCUACCAACGAUUUCUCUCCCGGUUGCGGGACGCCCAGAUCCGGGAUGGCCUCGCUAGGGUUUUGGGGUCUGGAAGGGAGUUUCAGAUGGUGGUUUACGGCGUCGGGAGCAUCGAGUCCUACGACCCUCCGCGCCUCCAGCUCGCUCUUGCUGUCCUCCUCCGGCGGGAGCUCGGCCCGGCCGUGGCGUCGGUAGAGGUGUUCGACCCGGUCCUGUCGGCCACCGAGUGCGCGGUGGUGAGGGCGCUGGGUUGCACAGUGGUCCCGGUGGACGAGCGGGGGCGAAGGGAGGCGACGGUGCCGACGCUGUUCUACAUGCCACACUGCGAGGCGGCGCUGUAUGAUGCCCUGCUGGAGGCCAAUUGGAGGCCGUCGAUGUUGAAUCGGAUGGUGGUGCUGGGGAACAGCUUCGCUGCGUAUGAAAAGUACUUGGAGGAGGUGGCCUGGAGUAAUGGGAGCGUGGCGUUAGAGGUGGCAUCAAAGCACAUUCUUGGGGUGAGGAGGUACGUGAGGGAAUUGGAGAUGGAGGAGAAGGGGGACGUGGAGGUGUCGGGGGAGGCAAAGGAGGAGGAAGAAGACGGGUUUUUUAAAGCUUUUCAUGAUACAAGCUGGCACUUUUUCGAAUUGGCUGAUGAUAUUCAGAUGAAUUCUUUAAAUAAAUGAAUUCAUGGCGAGCUUUUUCUCAUGGAUGUUUAUAAUUUUGCCGGUGGCCUCCCAAGGGAAUAAUAUCAGAGUAUCCGGGGAGCAGAUCCAUGAAAUUUCAAAGUUCAACAACAUUCAGAAGUAUUAUAGGUAGUUUAUGGACUGCUGUUGGAUUUUAGCAUAAGAUUAAUAUAUUUUUAUUAACUCAUGGCAAAAUCAAAAUUCAAACACCUUGCGAAGAUGAAACUCUGAUUAUUCAUUUCCUCUUAAAUUUGGUUCAGCAAUAUACCAUAUGUUUACAAAAUAGAAAAAAACUUCUCUUUCCUUUUUCCAAUGUAACUUAGGCUCGUAAUUUUAUAUGUCAUUUGACUUCAUGUAAAUCGAACUGAACUUAAACUAAGCCAUGUACAUUCUUGAUUGGCUUAGGGUUGUUUGCUUGUUGUUUAAAGCUUGAACAAGCCCAAUACAGAAACUAGGAUUAUCUACUAAUUUCUUUUGAGAACCUUCAAUCUCAAGACAACCAAGUCAAAAUUGAGUUUGUUUCAAAAGAUUCAAUUUUUAAGCAUGGAAAUAGGGGCAAUAAAUGAGAAAUUUAUUGAUUCAAGUUACUGAGGUUGAUCUACUUUUGAGCUUGAGCUCAUGAUGUGGGGAGGUGAUUUAACAAAGAAUGCAUGAACACAGAUUCUGCGAUAUUCUGUUUUAGGAUGAGGCAUUGAAAGUGUUUUGGUGUGGAAAAGCUAGAUAUCAUAUGUUAAUUUUAUGCUGCGCCCUGGAAUAAAUUUGAUCAGAUGUUUUCUUAGUAGUCUGUGCUUGUCUGAUAGUAUUUUCAAGUCAUGGGAGUGGUCCAUGCAGUGCAAGCCCUCAUGCUUUGAUUUACAAAAAUUGCCAAAUAGUAAUAUAAAGUAUUAAGGUCUGAUGCAGUUGGACGACAGAUGACUGAUGCGAAUGAGUUGAUUAGAAGCAGGUUGCCAUGGUUAGAGCAAUUUUACUAAGCUAAAUGUACCAUCUAUUUACUUUGCACAUUCAAAUGCUACAUUGACACCUCCAAAUUUCAAUUCUAGUUCAGCUGUAAUACUCAGGACUGCCAACAUCAGUGCUUGAUAGGGUGCUAAUGGAAAAGCUAUAAAUACUAUGUCCAGACUAGUAAGAAUAACGUAGAUAUCAAAUUCUGCUUCAACUGGAAUCUGUCUUGAUCUAACAGGGGAAUGUUAGAUCAAUUUUGACUUGAGUCUGCUAAGUGUGACUGCUGGUGGGAGUGCCCCCAUUUACUUGGAUAUAUUAGAGGUACCAAAUCGAACAAUUCUCUUUGUUUUGUUGGGUUCCUGGAUUAAGGAAAUUUGUGAACAGAUCGGGAGGGGAGGGAGAAUCUGGCACAAUGCUAUAUAUAGAUGGUUUUUAGAAAAAAUAUAUGUUCAAAAUUUUGUUGCCACAUGAUGUUUGUGUUAAUGUUGGGAGUAUACAGGGUCUGCAGAUUCCCAUAAUUUGUGAAGGUGGUCAAGUAUCAGGUUGAAACAAAUUGGCAGUGGGAUGCACACAUAGCUGUUUGAAGAACUUAUAUUUUUAUCGCUACAUGUAUCUAUGUUGAUGUAUGAAGUACAUAAUUUAAAUUCAUAUAAAAAAAGAAAUACAUAAUUUAAAUAAAAUUUGGCUAGUUGUAUUGUCAGUCAGUAUUGAUUUUACACCAAUGCUACUUCAAUCACCUAGACAGCUAAACAAAAGGGUGGAAAAGCAGGUUUAAAUAGAGAAAGUAGUUAGCAAGAAUUUUCAGAGAAGUGAAAGUCAUUCAAAAGAUAUUCUUUCUAGAUAACAAUUAGGCACUUCCUGGACCUUUUACCUUGACAUUAUGUGCAUCUUUCUUGUAUGUUGUUUCUUGCAUCAGUUUUAAUCUUCUAGUCUAAUUUCCAUCAUGUACUAGCUUCUUCUUCCUCUUUGUUGAGGAAUAGUUUCUUACUUCCCAGACAUUAAUUUCUUCACAAGAUUUGCUUCUUGGAGUAAAUAUUGUUCAAGAGAUCCUUUAUUUUGAACAUAUAUGACACUUGCACCUAUUUUGAGCCUGAUGUGUAAAAUAUUGUCCUUGUUCUUACAGUUUGUAGCUUAUGCACUGAAAGGUCCAUAUAUGUGAAGUUCUGAGUAUUUUUGUUUUGAAUAGCUUGACAAAAUGAUGCAUCUGAAACUUUAUUUAGUGUCAGAGAAGUUCACUGCCCAUUAUUUUUGCACUUUUAACUCUAACUAGAAUUAGCCUUGUAGGGAUAACUUGGACCUCGAUUUACAUAUCCAAAGUGGCCUGUUUAACUAGUUUGACAUUUUUUAAGUAAACAAUAUCUGUCCAUCAUAUAUGAAAGCAGGGAAGGAAAAUUCCCUUCCCAAUGCUUUCAUCCUAGCUAAUUCUUUCGGUCUGGCUGGAGUUCUAAUUAUUUAUUAGUUUUCUCUUCCUUCAUUUUAUUUAGUCGAUGUGGAAAUAUGGUCUAGGUUCGCCUUUAGAGUUUCUUCUAUGGUGUGUCAGAAGUCUUAAAAAAAGUCACUCAUCCUAACAUUGUCUGCUAGGGUGUAUACUAGGAGGAUGUUGUUGAUCGUUUUACGCAUUAGCCUAGCACAUCAAAGGUCUCUGGUUUGCAUCUGGAUGAUACCAGAUUUGUGGAAAAAAGUCUAUUUAUAAUAUUAAAAAAAGAAGAUAUAUUUAUAUAUUAUAUAGUAUUAAAAAAAACAAAUAACUAUAAAUAAAAACAAUAUUUGAGUUGUAAAAUUAUUUUAUUUACAUGAAAAAGAGAUGUAUUUAGUAAACACUGAAAAUGUCAACCAAUGGCUAUAUCUUUUAUUUUGUAUAAUGGUUGCUACAAGGAGAUUAGAACUAAAUGAUAAUAGUUAUUAAAAUUCAGUUACAUAUUAUAACAUGCCGAGAGGCCUCCCUAGAAACUGCGAUUGACUGUUAUUUUAAAUACUCUUCCCGAUGCAGAUAAUCAGUGACAUUAAAUGGAUGGAUAUGAUUUAGUGAAGUUGAUAAACAUACAUUAUAUUUUAAUUUUUCUACAUUUAUCUUUCUUGGUUGAUAAUUAAAGAGGGAAUAUAGAUUGAAUUUUAACAAGUAGUAAGUACGCUUACUUUUCACUGAUACCAAAAGCUGGCAUGUAAGCACACAUUCAAACUACCAUAAACAAUCCAAUGGCAUAAUAUUUAUUUUGUUGAUAAACAUAGAUUCAAUUGAGGAACAUGCAAUUCUAUUACUUCUUUGUCUUGAAGAAAGGUUUGGUGAAUUUUGCAUUAAAAUCCACUUAAUUAUGGAUUUCACAAGAGAAGGGAUUUUCUUCUUUUUAUACAAAAUUAUAGAUAUAUAGAAGUUCCAAAAAAUUUCGCCCUUGGGUCUAAGUAUAAGACAUGCAUGCACAUUUUUUGAGUUUUUGGUAUGCGUUUGUUGAACAACCAAUGCAUAUAUUUUAAAAAUUCAAUACAUAUUUGGUUAGACUACCACUCAUAUCGUGCUUAGAUAUACACCAAGAUUAUUGAUAGAUUUUGCGCAAAAAAAGGCUUUUUAUUGCAAAAUCAAUAAUUUUUAUGCAAAAUUGUGAUAUACUUAUUAGGAUGGGGAAUGAUUAUAGCAGGAUCAUAUCAAUCACACUUCAUAAAGCUUCAUGAGUGUCGUGCAAAAAUUUGAAUUUAAACAAGAAUUCACAAGCAUAUGCGGAGUCUAUUUAGUAUUUUUAAAUUUAAAUUUCGAUGUUCAUUUUAUAAAUAGUCAUAUAAUUAAUUAUAUCAUUACUUUAUCAUUAUUUUUUUAACUAAAUGUCAAAUAACCUACUACAAAUAUUUUUUAUAUGGGAAAAUAUUAAAUGCGAGCAUAAUUAAUAAAAAAAUGAUUAAUGAUAUGAAGGUAUGUGUUACAAGUCUGUACAUAAACGCCUAAUCAUGCAUAAGAAUAAUUAUUGAAUUAAAUUAAGUUUAUUCUUUCAUUGUAUUAUUUUACAUUCACUUGGUUUUAUAAUUUAUGUAGAAGAAUUGAUUUUUGCAAGUUAGUUUGCAAGUUAUUGUUUUACAGUUUAAUAAAAGUAAAUAAUUUGCAAAAAAAAAGUAGAUUAUUGUUCUUCAAACAAAUAAUUAUUUUUUUUUUGUGUCGCUAUACUACUAAUUGUAAAAUUUAUCUGGUUUGAAAGGCCGCACCACUCAGGUCCAACUAUUAGUUCCCAAUGUCUGAACAUUUCCAGGCCAUCUGGGCUGCCUUUGUAAGAUCAAUUUUUUGGAGGUAAAGAUAUGAUAGUUAUAAUACUUUGCUGGAGAGGUAAAUAUACGAUGUUACACUACUUUGCUAGAGCUAAUCAAAAGAUGCUAUUGUAGAGGUUGAGAUAUCUAUUUUUCCACCCAUGUGAUACAACAAAGUAAACAUCUAUUUCUUUAUCAAUGUUAUAGUGAUCUUGGUCAAAUC